CCCUGUGGGGGUGGGGACACCUUCUCCUUGGAGGGAGGCCAGCCUAAAAUUCCUUGGCUGUUGCAGCGUGUCAGAGAGAGAGAGAGAGGAAGCCUCUGAUAACCAUCAGCGGAGGUUUUGCAACUCGGUGUGUGGAGCCUCCUGGGCUGAGCAGUGCCUGCCUCUCUGGGACGGUCCCUGUGGCAGCUGCCAAUGUUGCCUGUCGUCCGCAGCACAGUCCAGGGGCUGAGAUGACUCUAGCCACGCGAUGAAGCCAGGGGGGCGCCCGCACGCCCAGGACAUUGCUCGCACAUUCAAGGUGCCUUCUGCACCUCGACGGGGGCCCGAAGCCUUUCACCAGCCUUUGGGACUGCCUCCUGGAGGAGCUUGACAGGCCCAGGCAGUGGCUGCCGGCGCCAUCCGUGGGUGUCCCAGCCAACCCAGGAGAGACGGCCCCUUUCUAGGUUCUGAGUUGGCAGGGAAGCUUGGUCGGAGUUCCAGCAGGAGAGCGGCAGCCCGAGAGGCGAGCACCGAGGGGCCGAGGAGAUGGAAGAACAGGUGUUCAAGGGGGAUCCAGACACCCCUCAUUCCAUCUCCUUCUCUGGUAGUGGAUUUCUCUCCUUCUACCAGGCCGGGGCUGUGGAUGCCUUCCGAGACUUGGCCCCCCGGAUGCUGGAAACCACCCAUCGUUUUGCUGGGACGUCGGCAGGUGCAGUGAUCGCUGCUCUGGUCAUCUGCGGAAUUGAAAUGGAUGAGUAUCUCAGAGUCCUCAACGUCGGUGUCGCAGAGGUGAAGAAAUCCUUCCUGGGGCCCUUGUCGCCAUCUUGCAAGAUGGUGCAGAUGAUGCGACAGUUUCUGUACAGGGUCCUGCCCGAGGACUCCUACAAGGCUGCCACAGGGAAGCUCCACGUGUCCCUAACCCGGUUCACAGAUGGAGAGAGUGUCGUGGUUUCAGAGUACACAUCCAAGGAAGAGCUCAUUGAGGCCCUCUACUGCGGCUGCUUUGUCCCUGUGUACUGUGGUCUCAUCCCCCCAACUUACCGUGGCGUGCGUUACAUCGACGGGGGCUUCACGGGCAUGCAGCCCUGCUCCUUCUGGACCGAUGCCAUUACCAUCUCCACCUUCAGCGGGCAGCAAGACAUCUGCCCCCGGGACUGCCCUGCCAUCUUCCAUGACUUCCGCAUGUUCAACUGCUCCUUCCAGUUCUCCCUGGAGAACAUCGCCAGGAUGACCCAUGCCCUGUUCCCGCCGGACCUACUGAUCCUGCACAACUAUUACUACCGAGGGUAUGAAGACACCGUUUCUUACUUGAGGCGACUGAAUGCUGCUUACCUCAAUUCUCCCUCCAAGAGAGUGAUGUUCCCCCGUGUGGAAGUAUACUGCAAUAUAGAACUUGCCCUUGGCAGUGAGUGCCCUGAACGCAGUCAGUCAAGCCUCCAAACAGAGCAAGAAGAAUCCACACAACCUCACACACAGUGGGCUCCUGAAGGGGAAGGAAAGAGCUGCCACAGUCCACUUGUGUCCUCACCUGUGCAGACACCUGAAUCCACACAUGAGUGGCCUGUAGAAUCACCUGUUUCACCACUUGUCUCUUCAUUUGAGCAGUCACCUGCAUCUCCACUGGCCUCAUCACCAUCACAUUCUCCAGCUGACUUGCCCCCUGUAUCAUGCCCAGCUGUGCCCUUACCACUCAGCUCCACACCUGUGCUGUCUCAUAUAUCACCACCACAGCAGAGGGUACAAACGACUGGAUCACCGCCAAGAUCCCCACCCUCCCAGUCACCUCUGUCACCCAGGCCAUCCCUGGGGUCUUCAUCUGUGGGGACAUCUCAAACACUGCCCCUGUGUUCUCCUUCACUGUCACCUGGACAGCCACCUGUGGAGGAACUGGGCCCAGAACAGCCCCAAGCUCCUCUUGCCUCUUCAAAUCUGAAAGAUGCCAUGCCUUUGGUUAAUGUGAAGGAAGCCACCAGCAAGCCUCACAUAAUGGGGAACCCUGCUGAAGACUCCAAUUGGAUGAGCAAGAUGUUUAAGAAGAACAAACAAAAGACAAGUAGCACCAGAAUAAGCUUCCCAAGACAUCCACGAUCCAAAAAAACAAGCGGCAAAGUGCAGUCUGCUCCCUGCCCACUCGACUUCUCUCUUCUCUCCACUUCCGAGACAGUUUGGGUCACCUACAGGCCUCACCCCAGCUGGAUCCAGGAAUACAGCGACCCUGAGGAAGCUGUGAACCAAGAGAGAACUUGAGCUGGAGUGGGAGAGAAUGUGAUGAUCCCAAGGUAGAGCCUUCUCCUCAAGGCUCUCAGAUGCAUCCCCCUUACCCUAGGCCUUUUGGGGACCAGGUGUUGCCCACUACCAAGCCUGUUGGUGUGGAGGUCAUGCUUCCCUUGGGCAAGCACUCUUUGCCUAGACAUCCUCUCAGCUUCUCAGUGGACUCCAGCCCUUCUACUACUCUGCUCUGGACAGACAGAUGGACACCAGCAUGGAUGGGCUCUGAAGAGCCCACAGUACUUCCUCCUCCUGGCUGGCUGAAUUCUAGGCCUUCCUUCCUCUUCUUUGAGAGGGACUGCAUCCAUCCUGGCAUCCCAGGAUCUAGUCUCCAGGUCGAACACUUGGUGGGGGGGCAGUGCACUUUCCUCUCUUGUGUGAUGUCAAGAGACCAAGUUCUUUUGUUUUGUUUUGUUUUGAAUUCUCCUAGUGGACCAAAGGCUUGAUCUGCAACCACUGGACUCUUGGCUGCUCACCGGAAUCCCUCACAGAGCCCAUCAGGCAUGAGGUCCUUCAAAUUUCCCCAAGGCUUGCGGUUGCUGCCAUGUUGAGCAGGCUGCCCUGUGCUCCUGUGAGUCCCGCUGUGGUUGUGGAGGAAACAGGAGGCCAGAUAUCCCUUCCUUCCCCGUCUCCCAGUAGGAGGGCGGCACGAGGGCUGAAUCGUUCUGCUGUUCAUGCCUCAAUGAAAACAUUCCGUGAGAAAGACAUCUCUGCCUCAAUUUUUCCAGUCCACCCAGGAAAACAAAACAAAACAAAAAAACCCCAAAACGAGCCCCAUUGCUUGCUGGAGUGUGGAUAACCUCCAGCCCCGGUCAGGCCCAGCAAGGAAGCCCGGGCUGCCCACAGACCUCAGAUGUAUUUGCUUAACAAAUCCUGGAAUGCAAGACCCAGAGGACUGGGGUGUAAAAGAGCCCUGAGCUGGGUUGGGGCCUCUGGGAGAUGCAUGCAAAUGUUAGCCAGGCAGUGUGGGAGGCUGUGCCAAGGGGGCCUGGUGGAACCUACAUUUAAGGGGACCAUGUCAGGGAGCAGGAGUCCGCACAGGCACCCUUCUGAAGGUUCUUCCAGGAAGAACCUAACUGAUGUGGAAAACAAAGACAAGAGAAAAAAUUAAAUUUCCUUAUUGCCGACA